GUCGUACUUACAGCUCUAACCGUCCUGCACACAGUCUAUCGUUCGCCUCGGCAAAAGUAACUCUACAAAACUACGUAUCUGACCUGGAUAGACCUAGAGCAAACCUGAGCACUCAUAAAACGGAGCCUGCUAAGCCACAAACCCUCCAAACAUGACUUCCCAAACGAACGAAUACAGCUCGCACGCCCCCGAACCCAUCCCCACCCCAUCCUCAUCCAGCACAUCGCCCUCAACACCAUGGCCCCGUCUCGGCGCACACAACGUCCUCCCAUCCGGCCAUCCCGACUACCUCCGCCUCAUCCUCUCCUCCAAAGUCUACGACAUCCUCUCCGAGACCCCGCUCGUGCAUGCGCCCAACCUGAGCGCGAAGCUCGGGAACCAGGUGUAUUUGAAGAGGGAGGAUCUGCAGGAGGUGUUCAGUUUUAAGAUACGGGGGGCGUAUAAUUUCAUGGCGAGUCUGACGGAGGAGGAGAGGUGGAAGGGCGUCGUUACGUGCAGUGCCGGCAAUCACGCCCAAGGCGUCGCCCUCUCCGGCUCCAGACUCGGCAUCCCCUGCACCAUCGUCAUGCCCAAAGGCACCCCCAGCAUCAAAACCCGCAACGUCUCCCGCCUCGGCGCCAAAGUCGUCCUACACGGCUCAGACUUCGACGAAGCCAAAGCCGAAUGCGCGCGCCUCGCCUCCGCGCACGGCCUCAUCUUCGUGCCCCCCUACGACGACCCGCUCGUCAUCGCCGGCCAAGGAACAGUCGGGAUGGAGAUCCUGAAGCAGACGCCCGAUUCCCAGAGCCUCGAUGCGGUUUUUGCGGCGGUCGGUGGUGGGGGGUUGGUUGCGGGUAUAUGUGAGUAUGUGAAGAGGAUUGGGAGUCCGGAGACGAGGGUGUUUGGCGGGGAGACGUUCGAUGGGGACGCGAUGGAGAGGAGUUUGAGGGAGGGGAGGAGGGUGACGUUGGAUGAUGUGGGGCCGUUUAGUGAUGGGACGGCGGUGAGGAUCGUGGGUGAGGAGCCGUUCAGGGUCUGUAAGGAGCAUUUGGACGGGGUCGUGAAGGUGGAUAACGACGAGAUCUGCGCGGCCAUUAAGGAUAUCUUCGAAGAGACACGGUCCAUCACAGAGCCCGCAGGCGCACUCGGACUCGCAUGUCUAAAACGUUACAUAGUCGAAAACAAGCUCGUCGGCGCAGGGAAGAAGUUCGUCGCCGUCGUCAGCGGUGCGAAUAUGAACUUUGACAGGCUCAGGUUCGUCGCUGAGCGUGCAGAGCUCGGUGAAGGGAGGGAAUGCCUUUUGACCGUUGACAUACCCGAACGACCGGGAAGUUUCUUCGCCCUCCACACAAUAAUCCACCCCCGCGCCGUCACCGAAUUCGCCUACCGCUACUCCUCCUCCUCUCGCGCGCACAUCUUCCUCUCCUUCAAACUCGAGACACUCGACCGAGCCUCCGAAGUCGCGGAUCUGCUCGCGGCGAUGGAGAGGCAGGAGAUGAAGGGGUACGAUAUUAGUGAUGAUGAGAUGGCGAAGACGCAUGCGAGGUAUAUGAUUGGGGGGACGUCAGAUGUGGGGGAUGAGAGGUUGUUUAGGUUUGAAUUCCCCGAACGACCCGGCGCGUUGCGAAAGUUCCUCUCGUCACUGCACAAAGGAUGGAACGUCUCGCUGUUCCACUACCGCAAUCACGGGGCCGAUCUCGGCAAAGUCCUCGCUGGCAUCCAGGCUCCACCGGAAGAUUCGGAAAAGUUCGACGCGUUCUUGAAGGAGCUCGGAUAUCCGUACGUCGAGGAGACGGAGAACCCGGUGUAUAAGCGGUACAUGCGCUCCUAGAAGCACGUAUGCAUUCCGGGCGAGCAGGCAGGCAAGGAAGGAAGGAAGAAAGGAAAUUCGUAAGGUGACACUAGUAAAAAGUCAAACUAGUUACUAGUAGCGGCGUGCAGUAUUACAUACAAUAAUGAUACAUCGCCUCGGCUCGAGCUUCGAGGGUGGGAGGGCCCAGAGUGAGGGAGCCGAGAAAGAUGAAGAGAUGAAGAGACGUGGAAGCGAACUGGAAGGAAGGGAGAACAUAGAUUGUACACUGUACAGACAACCGAGUCGGAGGCGAGCACGACGUGUAUGUAUUUACCUGUAUUUACAGGUACGUAGACGGGGUGAAUGUAUACAGCCAGAGCAGUGAUCAAGAGUAAGAUGAGAGUGUAUGGGAUACAAAUAGGUGAGGAUCAUGAACAGCAGACCGAGCGACCGAAAGAGCAAAGGAGGAAGAAGAAAAAAGGCAGAAGAAACUGAAAACCACGCAUGUACUAUGUCUGAAAUCUGAAAGUAAAGGGAGAUGAAAGAUGAAGAUAGAGGAAAGUCGUGAUCGUGAUCGUGAAAAUGUGGAGGAAGAAACCGAUUACAUGACAGCAGCCGUCCGCGGCCUCUUCCUGUUGACGUUGAGGAACUUGACCACUUUAAAGUUGAACACCGAACGGACGUUCUCCUUGAACGACCGUCUCGACGCCUCGCUGCUCGUCGGCGACACAGGCGACACAGGAGUGAUCGUACCAGAGUGGGGUCUCUUGAGGAUCUGGAUCGGCGCGGGAGGCGCCUUCCUGCGAGGGAGAGGUACUGUCGUCGUCAACGUCAACGUCGAGACGUCUGAAUCCCGAACGGCCUCCAGCGAUUCUAUCGCGUUGAUCGCCAUCGCCGUCGUCAAUCCCCGAUUCCCAAUCUUCACCCCUGACGAUCCAUACUUGUAUACCCAUCCCGCCUCCCACCCUCCAUCCUCGCUCUGCAACCGCAACAGCAGCCGCAUAUCGAGCUCAUCCCUCACACCAACCGUCGCGCAUGCUAGAACGCGCAUCGCCAGUGCCAACGCGUCCCCAGCCGCCCCUAUCCGUUCCCGCAGCCGUUCCUUCAAAACCGGCUUGAGCUUCGCGUGUAGCUUCUCGUCGUCCGUGCUCUCGAGUAGGCGACUGACGAAGUACAGGAAACAUUCUGCCGUCUCGUAAUAGCGCGUUCCGUCGAGGUACGCGCGGUGUUGGAGUACGCCGUGUACCCACUCCAGAGUGGGACGAAGUUCGCUUCCGCGGCCGUGUGAGUAGAAGAGGCUCAGUACGUUCACGCAGACGACGGGAUCGAUGCGAGGUCGUCCGUGAUCGAAGUAUGUCAUGACGAUACCGUCCUCAUUGCGGUAUUGCAGUAUUUCGUUCAUUACUAGUCGAGCCGUCUGGUCGUCCGCGUGAGUGACAGUCAGCCCUAUUGACGUCGUGUCAAGGUCGUAUGGGAAUGUUUCAGUCGUAAGUGCGGGUGCCUCUCGGAAGAAAUUCCACUUGGUCGGAUGAUGUACAAAAUUUACAAGAGAUCUGUCUUUUGUGGCCUCCAAGAUAAGUAACUGCGCGAAGUUAUCCCCGAUCUUCUCGCCGGUAUCCGUUUCAGAGUCGAGCACCCCGGCUCGCGUCUGGAGAAACCCUCGUGCUCGAGCAACAGGGUCACCGACCAGGUACCUAAUCGCCCUCCUGACGUUCUCAGGCCUGUCCCAGACGAUGCCGUGAAGGCCGAGAGAGCGUGCAGAGAGGACGUUAUCCGGUUUGUCGUCCACAAACACCGUAGUGGCGGGGUCAGCCUCGAUUUGAUGAAGAACGUGCUUGAAGAACCCAACGUUUGGCUUCCGCAUACCGGCAGCCGCAGACGUGAAGAUGUCGUCGAAGACGUCCCACCGUGCAGGCUUCCCCCGCAAUACUUCGUAAUCGGGUUGAGAAAUAUUGGACAUGGCGUACACUCGAAGCGUCCCUGAAGACUCCUCCUUCAGCGUACGUAUGAAUUGAAUGAACUCGUCGUUGGCCUCUAACGAGGCACAUGCAUCAUCGAUGGCUCGGGAAAGCUCCAUGGGGCCCAGAGAGUACUGCUCGCUGAGGAGGCGGUAGCAUUCUUCUUGAGAUAUCCGGGCACAUUCGUAGAGAGCCCAUGUAGGACUGUGUAGAAUGGCCUUGAACAUACGGGGUGGAAUCGACGUGGUGGUUUUGGGAGACCAUGACCAGAGAACGUCGCCGAGAUCGAAGAUGAGGACCGAACAACGAGGUGAGAGAGACAUGAUAUACAGCUUUGUACAGUGAAAAGAGAUAGAACCCCGGGACAAGAAAAGACGUGAUGGAGGUCGGCG